UGAUAACUACUAAGCGCACACUGUUGCGGAACAAUUCUUACCUAUCAAAAUUAGCAAAAUUUCGGAAUCCGGCUGACCGAUGGUUUUAUGACCAUAAAUACCCUUAAACCGGAGCCUCAUGUGGCUGACGGACGUUAAAAACAUUGUCAACUACGUCAAGUAUUACGGCCAGCUACCGUGUAUUCCCGACUCCUUGGAAACCCCGCUGCAGCGAUCAGAUCCGGCAGCCGACGAUGCCGAUACACACAGUACACCACCACUGCACCCCGCGUGGCAGCCACCACAAUCAGCGGACUCCUGGAAUCUGUACGAUGACCACCACUAUGACUGGAGCCGUGCGGAGUCCAAAGCGCACGCCUAUGGAUUCCGCUACAGUUGCCGGGCGAAGCGGCAUCUGGAUGAUGUGGUGCGGAGUGCCGGACAGCGGGUGCAGCUGAUGGAGGGUGGAAAAACGCCGACUACGGUAGUCAAAUUUGACAGCAAUUUGACGGUCAGCGUCGCUACGGAUCUGUAUGGCAUUCUCAACAAGAAAAAAGCCGCCGAAACCGGUGACCUUUCCGAGCUGCAUCCGGAUCAGCCGCCGCUGCUGACGUCACCGCGUAUUCGCCCGGUACUGUUAGAUCAGUUCUGUGGACUGUUGAAACGCAAUGACAAAUGGGCGAAAUCGGAAGCGGAGAAGGAAGAAUAUGAAACGGCUAAGAACAACCAAGAACCGUUGGAUUUGCGCGACUAUAUACUCUCGAUCAUAGUUCAAGAUGACGCCGGCAACACUAAUUAACAGUUGUGCUGUACUCGUACAUUACAACGAUUUGCACUUUGUUCCAUGGCAGUGUGCAGAGUUGUGAUUAAACAAACCAGAUAACAUCGGUUUCGAGAAUUCUGUGACUGAUCGGAGCGUUCAAAACUUGCUGCUGUUCUUCACGCGCAUUUUCCACACUAGUUCGUCAGAUUAUUGAGCAUGCAGCAGUGUGUACAGUGACUGUAAGCAUAAAACUAAUAAAACUGCUAUAGGAGUUUAUUUCUAAACAUUUUAAAAAACCAUUCCCUGGAAUUUUAUCAUCCUAACAGAAAUGACAGUUUUAAUCGGGACGCUUUUUAUGUUGGUAUUUGUGGCCAAUGUGUACAGCGUGGUUUUGCCAUCAAGACACCACAACACAGACCAAUUUAAUGGCUAUGCUUACGGGCUUCAGAAAAUAAAUUUUGCGGACCGUUCCAGAGCUUCGGCAUUGGCAGUACAACAUAAGGAUAACGGCUGUUUCUGCCUAAACGAUACAUGCGCUUGCUGUCGACAUUUGGAUAUCCCGCGCUUUAACAUCAAUGAUACUGGAUGCGUGGAAAUGGUGUACCUACGACAUGACAUCGGUUUCUCGCUACUCUUCACUAUCGACGACCACGUGGUGAUCAACCGCACCAUUUCCGCUCGAAAUCCGCCGGCCAUCUGCUACGGCGUCCCGCACAUCUCGGCGGCCGAUCUGUGCCUGCAGUUCUACAACCUGGACUACACCGCCAGCAGCGUGUCGGGCUGUAUCCGGGUCAAGGCAGAGCUGGCGGAUAUCGACAUCUACGAGAAAGAUCUCGGCUGCUUCCGCAUCCCGAUGUACAUGCGGGGGCGGGGACCGCUGUGGGAUGUCAUCCGACAGCGGACGUUCACUUUCACCCCGCUGAAUUCCUCCGGGACGCGCUUCGUGUACGGCCGCGGAUCCUGGAUGAUGGAGACGCUGUCCAAAUUCACUUCUUAAGCGCCUUUCUGAAGACGAACGGGGUAUCCGUUAAUCUGUAUGUGCCGAAUGGGAUUUCGGUUUUUCGGGCGCGCGUUCUAACGCGUAGUACCGGCACCGGCGCAUCGCAAUACGUCACUCCAUGGAUUUGAUUUCAUUUUUUGUACAGUAUCUGUACUUUGUAAUACCCGCAUAUCUUUUUUUAUUUUCUGCUCUCGCGUGCAUUUUUUUGCAAGCUGUGCUUGUUUCUACAUCGCGCCGUGGAUGUAGGAACAUAAUAUACUGUAUUAUGUGGGUAGAAAUAUUAUUUUCAAUAGUUUCUUAUGAGUCAUCAAUUUUCGAACAGGUCAGUAUAAUAUGGCUACGCGAACAUAGAAUAGUGAGUAAAGUGUAAUAGUGAGAAAACAGGCUGGGCGGUAGCACUACUCGCAAUUAGAUUUCCCAAUAGUAAG